AUCUCAUCACAUGGACCAAGUGAAGAGAAAACAUUUUCAUCUUGUUACUCUUACUGUUCAUUUCAAUUAGAAUUUCUUUUAAUAAUUAAUCUAAUCUAAUCUAAUUAAUUGUUUUCUAACAAUGAGCGGGACGAAGAGACGAAGUUGGGAUGAUGACCCGGAAAGACCAAGGAAAAGAUACCGUAAUGAAAGACCUCAGGAGGAAGAUGAAAUUGAAGACAAUUUGGAACAUCUAAUUGUUAAACUUGGUGAUCGAAGUACCACUGCUUUGGAAAAGAAUUUAGAGGAAUUGGUUGACAUUCUUGAUCAUGAUGUUUCUAAAGCUUCUAAAAGUAACAUAAUUAAGAUUAUUAGUGAUUGCGUUGCCAAUCUACCUGAGAAAAUUUCCAUCUAUUCAACGCUUGUUGGUCUUUUGAAUAACAAAAACUAUCAUGUUGGAGGAGAUAUUAUCGAGAUGCUAGUGAAAAGCUUCAAGGAAAGUGUUAAAGCUUGUGAAUGGGAGAAGAGUUCAUCUUAUGUCCGAUUUUUCGGUGAUCUGGUCAAUUGUCAUGUUAUCUCUCAUGGUUCUUUGAUGGCUCUUUACGAGACUCUAGUUGAUGUUACUAUGGAAGAUAAUAUUCCACAGGUUCGAUCAGAUUUCUUUGUGUAUUCAGUUUUAUCAUCUUUACCUUGGGUUGGUUAUGAGCUUUGUGACAAAAAGGAACAAGAUUUGGAGCAAUUGUUGAACACCAUUGAUAAUUAUCUAAGUAAAAGAUCAAAAGUUCAUCAUACCGCUUUACGUGUUUGGUAUUCGGAUACACCACACCCUCAAGAAGAAUAUUUAGAUUGUCUUUGGGCCCAAAUUACUAAAUUAAGAAAUGAUAAAUGGGAAGAAAAUCAAAUUCAUCGACCAUAUCUUGCUUUUAACAAGAUUCUUUGUGAAGCAUUACAACACAAUUUACCUUCUAUUUCAAUACCACCUCAUGAUCAAUCCUACACUUAUCCAUAUCCCAAAGUCGUUUUCCGAUUAUUUGAUUACACUGAUUGUCCUGAUGGUCCAGUUCUACCCGGAGCUCAUGCAAUCGAAAGAUUCUUAGUAGAACAGAAUAUUCGUUGGAUUCUAUCAAGACAUCAUAAAGAUCUUAAGGCUUGCUCAUUUGCUUUAAUUGGUCUUCAAGGAAGUCAUAAAAUCCCGUUGGAAUAUGUUCUUGUAGAAAUUAUUUUAGCUGAAAUCUUUGCCCUUCCCUCCUCGAGAUUUUUAGAAAUAUUUUAUGGAUCAUUACUCUUAAAGCUUUGUAAAAUGCAACCAGGAUCCUUACCCCAAGUUCUUGCCCAAGCUGUUGAGAUGAUCUUUGAUCGAUUGGAUACUAUGAAUGUUGCUUGUGUUGAUCGAUUUGCUUCCUGGUUUGCUUAUCAUCUUAGUAAUUUUCAAUACGCUUGGAAUUGGGAUGACUGGUCAGCGUGUUUAACCCUUGACCCUCUUCACCCUAAACCCAAAUUUGUCCGAGAGUGUUUACUCCGUUGUAUGCGCCUCUCUUACCAUCAACGUAUUGCUGAAAUUGUUCCAGACGGUUUUAAAAUGCUUUUACCUGAUCUUCCCGAUCCAAUGAACAAAUACAAUGUUACAGAUGAAACAAUUAAGAUUCCAGGAUCAAGUUUAGCUAAUCAACUAACCGAAAUGUUGAAAAGUAAAACACCUCCUGAUGAGAUAUUGAAAACAUUAGAGGAUCUUAAUAAUAGUACUGAUGCUGGUGAUGUUGAAUUCACUCCACAUUCCUUGAAAAUUGAUGUUUUUCUUACCGUUCUGCUUAAUGCUGCAUCCAAAUCAUUUUCUCACCUUUUCUCUGCUCUUCUCAAGUACAAUCAAAUCCUUUUAUCAUUGAAUAAUUCAGAUGAUGCUCAGAGAUGUAUUCUAGCAACUAUUUACGAGGUUUGGAGACGUCACCCUCAGCUUUUAGUUGUAUUAACUGACAAAUUAUUAAAGGCUAAUAUCAUUGAUUUCCCUGCUGUUGCUAAUUGGAUUUUCUCAAAAGAAUUGGCGAGUGAUUUUACCAGAUCUUACAUAUGGGAAAUUUUACAUUCGACGAUUCGUCGGCAAAUCAAAUUCGUUGAAGGUUUACAAAAGAAACUCAAUGAAAUGAAAGAAAAAGCUGAAAAGAUCCAAAGUGAAGACAAAGACGAGGCUAAAGAAGUCAAAGAAGAAAACGAAGAAGCUGAAAUUUCCAAUGAAGAAGUGAUCGAGAGCUUGGAAGAAAAAGUCGAAGCGGCUCUUUCAGACCAAAAGAAUUUAUUUCUCAUCGUAUUUCAACAUUUCAUCAUGAUUCUAUCAGAACAUAUACAAUCUUGUGAAGCUAAAGGUCGAAGCUUCAAAAAUCAUUGGUUCCGUUGGUGUAUUGGUAGAUUACAACAAGUAUUUUUUGAGCAUCAUCAAUAUGUUUGCAAAUAUAAUCCUGUACUUGAAUCUCUGCUAUUCACAGCUGAUGUUGAUGCUCACAUUUUAAUUAUAUUUAGACAAUUCUGUUCCUUGCAAGCUUAAAUUAAAAUCGAUAUGAUGUAAAUCAAAUCACAAUUAAGAAAGACCCAAACCAAUGGUAUACAAAGCACACAAACCCUUACAGAAGACAAGACUGGAAUUACAACUGAUCAUCAUCAUCUCUCCUUCUUAUCAACACACUGAACAACUGAUUAUAAAUAAUGGAAAACAAUGUGUAUUGACAAUUAUAAUUCACCCAUCAACUAUAUUACCAUUUUGUACUAAAUAAUUAACUACAAAAGUACAGAGGUCAAACAAAAUUAGAGUUAAAAAAUUCUACCAUUUAAAAGAUUUAAUUUUUCUUUGUUUACUUAAAAUCCUAAUUUCUUUUGAUAGUAAUUAAUCUUGCGACACUAUUUGUUUUUGAUGGUCAAGACAACCAACAAUCAACAAUUUGCACCUAAACUGGAUAAAAUAUAAUUUUCACCAUCAACUUUAUGAUUAAUCAAUAAUUUCAUUCUCUAUCCAAAAUUUAUCCAUUUUCUUGGUUGUUAUUCAGUAAGAAAGAAACUAGGUCACCAUUUUUACUCAUUUCUAAUUCAAAAGGAACCAUUUGUAUCUCCACUGUUUAGAUGAACAACUGAAUCUCAAUUCAUCUUCCACCCAAAUUACACCAAUUCAAUGAUUAACAAUCAACAUUGGAAACAUAGACUUUCCUUAUUAUUAGAAAACUACUUAUUUAGACAAUCGAUUGUAUCUGAUUUGGUGCAUCUAAACAACGAAGUUCCUUAUGACCUGAGAUUCUAAUGAUGAGCUACUUUCGGUUGAACUGAUUGGUCGUUUUAUUUUGUGGGGAAUUUAAUAUCAGGCACUGAUUCUCGAAAAUUUAUAAUUCGUUGUUUGAUUUAUCAUAAUUUUCAUCCAAAAUGAGCACAUAAAUUACAUGAUAUCCAAUUGCAGUUCUGAUCAGUUUGUCUCGAUUCGAGCUACAAGAUGAAGUCUUCAGAUGAAAAUUCUCGUUCUGACCAAGUGACCGAUUAUUUUUAUUAUGAAAUAAAACCAAUUCUAUUUCGAGAUUGAAUCAAAUUUCAUCUUCCAUUCAGCAAUUUAAAUAUUCACAACAAGAAUCAACUUGUGAUCAGUUCGGAGAAAAUGAUCUUUGACCUUCAGCAUUCGUGUCAAUCUAAAGGUUAAAAUUGUAUUUCCAUGGCAAAGAGAUAGUAAAACAGAUUAUUCGUAAAUGAUUUAGCAACAUUCAAAGAAGAAUCAACUGAAUCAAUAAUAUAACAAUAAGAAAAUAAACAAUUUAAAUCUCUCUGUUAAUUAAAUCGCAAUGUAAACAGAUAGGCAUUCAAAAGAUAUUAGAAACAAUCAACUGUCAGAGUAAAUCAACACUUUAAAUCCUAUAAAACUAAACUGAAAUUAGUCCUAACUAAUUAAGAGAUGCAAGAAAAUAAAAUUUAAUUGUAAUAAUUAAAAAUAAAUCAAAAGUAAACCAACAAAUAUUGACCCUUACAUGAGAUUAUAACCUUAACCUUAAUUCAAAUGAACAAAAGUAAAUGAAAGUUAAUCUGUGAUACUAUUGAUACAUUUAACCAAAACAAAACCUAAAGAAUCCUACAAAUUAAUUAGAUAAUCAUUGAACAAGUGGCGAAAAGCAGGAAUGGUCACCGUCCACAAUUAAAAUAAAUUAAAACAAUUAAGAUGAAAACGAUGAAAUAUAAAUAAAAAGUGGAAAAAAAAGAAAAUGUUUACGUUUGAAUUGAUCGGUGUUCAUUUUGUUUCCAUCAUCAUGGAUUAUUAGGUUAAUAGUAAAAGCAAGUGAAUCAACCGAUACAAUUGUGAGCAAUUAACAAGACGUUGGACUGUUAAUUGUUGGAUAAAUUGUGAAAACAAUCAAGGAAAUAAAUUUAAUUGUGAACAAAUUAAAGAAAAGAAGUUCAAGUUUACCUUAACCAGGUUUUCUCUCCUUUCAAAGUGGAAACAAAAUGAACACAACACAAGAAGAUGAACCAUUCACUUCACUGUGACUCUUACAUUCACUUUUUGUCUUCUCUCUCUUUCUCUCUGGUUUUUUGUUUCUCUUCAUUUUCUUUGGUAUUAUUGUUGUUUCUUGCACUUGAUUCAUUCUUGUAAUUAACAAUUGAUCAGUUAAUUGAAAUUCAUUUCCAUCUAAUUGUCUCGUAACCACAAUCAACCGAUUUAAAUGCCUGCUCGUCGAAAACAUUUCAACAACCGUUUCAAUCCAACGCCAAGAGCUCGGAGUCAAAGAAAG